AUAAUGGGAGCUAUAAGAAUACCUCUCGAUGAGCACUGUGCUGUCUUCUGCCUCCUUCAGAUGGUAGCAGUCACUUCAGAGCAAUUCACAGUGAUUGGCUUACAGAGAACAGUCCUGGCUCCACUGGGUGAAAACCUUGAGCUCAGCUGUCAGCUGUCCCCACCACAACAAGCACAGCACAUGGAAAUUCGCUGGUUCCGGAAUCGCUAUACAGAGCCCGUGCACCUGUACAGAGAUGGUAAAGACAUGCGACGUGAAAUUAUCUCCAAGUAUGUGGAGCGGACAGAACUCCUAAAAGAUGCCAUUGGAAAUGGGAAAGUGACCCUCAGGAUCUUUAAGGUGACAGCUGAUGAUGAAGGGUCAUACCACUGCUUCUUCAGAGAUGGCGAGUUCUAUGAAGAGCACAUCACAGAGGUCAAGGUCACAGCCACAGGCUCAGACAUACAGAUUCUUAUGCAUCCCCCUAAUAUCAAAGGUGUGAUGUUGGAGUGUCAUUCAGGAGGUUGGUUCCCACAGCCUCAUAUGGAGUGGAGAGACAGCAAAGGAGAGGUCAUCCCAGCUACAUCAAAAUCCUAUUCACAGGAUGAAAACAAAUUGUUCAACAUGAAAAUGGACCUCCUUAUUGAAGCCAGUUCCCAUAGGAAUGCCACUUGCUACUUUCAAAACCUUCUAACUUACCAAGAAGAAAGCAUAAGUAUUGUCCUAUCAGGUGAACUGUUUUCGUGGAAAACUGUUUGGAUAGUGAUUCUGAGUAUAACAGCAUGUGAGCUGCUAGCCUUCUUCAUGAUUUACUGUGCUCAGCAACAUCUCAUACGUAGCUGCUUUGAGAGAAAUCGUUCUUGGAAAAAGAGUGCAAUGGUCCUCAUCAUUUCAGUGUUUGAAAUCAUAGGAGUCAUGCUCAUUUUGCAUCUAAAUGAAAGAGUCCCAGAUUCAAGUCAAUACUUUGAAUUGGACACUUUGUGGUUGGAAGAUAUUAGUGUAAUCCUGUGUGUGCUGAUAAUGUUCAACGUCAAGCUUACUUCAUUUAUUUACUUCAGAUUUAAAGGGCAUGUAACUAGAGGCAAAGCAUGUGCCCAUAAAUUAAAAAAAAUAAUGAAAGUCUCACAAUUCCUGUGUUUCAUAGUCUCCUGUGCAGCAGCCCUUCUUGUCUAUCUGCAAUUACGGAACAAAGAUUCCUUACUUUCAUUGUACAAUAGCUGGAUGAUGAAUAUGGCAAUGGUAGUAGAAUUUCUCAUGGUAACUUUCACUGUUACAACCUUAGAAAAAUCAUGGUCAGCCAUAAAAAAACCAUCCAAAUAUACAAACGUUGCUUUUUCAAAGAUAUGUUGA